CCUGCCUUGGUAGCGUCCGGUGUUGGCGACUGCCAAUGAAUCUCGACCCUACAUUUCCCUAGUCUUUAACUACAUAAUAAGUCUUUAACAGGUAUCUAACCUACCAGGCAGGCAAACUAGGUGCACGUAUAUAUCAAAAUAUUCAGUCUAACUAGGUACUCUCUCGUCCUUCUUUUUCAUAAUGACAGCCAUAAAUAUACCCUUCAUAACUGUAGCGCCUUCGAAGCCGCAUACCCACACCGUCGUAUUUCUACACGGCCGCGGCGACAACCCGCGCAACUUUGCAGCCUCACUAGCUCACUCUCGCGACUCGCGCGGUCGCACUCUUGCAGACGCAUUUCCGCCAUUUCGUUGGGUAUUUCCCCAAGCCCCGACACGUAAGUGCGCCAGCUCGCCUGAGACGUGGCCGCAAUGGUUCGACGUGUGGGAUGUGCGCGAUUUUGCGGCGAACGAGGACCUACAGGCCGUCGGGCUUAAAGAAGUAGUGCCCGCUAUCCGCCGCAUCCUUGCCGAUGAGGCCGCUUUGCUUGGGGGCCGCUGGGAUCGCGUGGUGUUGGCGGGCAUUAGCAUGGGCGGUGCGACGAGCGCGCAUGUCCUGUUCAACCUGGAUGUGCCCCCGGCAGGGGGAGGGAGGCUCGGGGCCUUUGUUGGAUUCUCGUGCCGAUGCCCGUUUGCCGGUCGUAGCUUAGCCGGCAUUAGAAACGCUCUCGGUUUGGAAAGUGUCCCGGACCACGGCUAUGUCAUACAAAACACGCCUGUGUUGCUCGAGCACUGCGUCGAUGACCCGCUCGUCCUGGUUCAGAAUGGCCGAGGCUUGCGAGAUACAUUACUUGGAUUUGGUGCACAGGUUGAAUGGAAAGAAUAUCCCAACGGAGGACACUGGUUCCAUUCGCCGACUGGGAUGGACGAUGUGGUGGAGUUUCUAAACAGGCACCUUGGGAAGGACAGCUUUGCAGGCAACCCUACACUUUUACGCCAAGCCUCAUCGAACGCGAUGGAUCUAUCAUAAGAGAAACCAAGCUUCGGGGAGGAACCUAGUCAUAACCAUAGAGUAUAAUUUACGGCAGUGCUCAUAUUACGAAGUAAUAGAAACUGCAAUACGGAUUUCAUUACAAUAUCCUACAAGUAAAACACAGAAAAACAAGCCAUAGCGUGGCUAUACACGAAGAAAUAAAUACGGCUAUGUCAGCUUUAAGAGAUCACAAUAUUAAAAAGAGUUUUUUCCAAUAAAUAUUUUUAUUAUUAAAGCCUAUUAGGGGAGAGCUACCUUCGGAACCUGGCUCCUGGAUUGCACUUUCCUGGGGGGAACUGUCAGGGUAUAAGUGGGUUAGGGGUAGCUACAGGGGUCUAUCUACUAUAUAAGGGGCGCGCAGCGCCCUCGUAAGAGGAUAGAAUGCCAG